GUUUGGCCUCCCAUUGUGCGGUAGCAGGUACUGUUGUCAAAACACUGCUGAAACAGCUGUCAAAAGCACGUGCUGCAGCAGACAUGCCUAGAAAUGUAAACAUUGGCAUACGAGCACAACAUUCGCGCCGGUUCUAUUGCAGGUGAAAACACGUAAAAUGGGUAAACGAAGGUUUAAUGAAAAAGGCCGCCAAAAGGUGGAAACCAUUAUCGAUGAUUCGGAAACGAAAAAGAUCAAACUAGAUUUCGCUACUGACAACGAGUACGGUGUGCAGAAUGAUUCAAAUGCGUUGGUGCUACCGUCGAAAAAGCGUGAGACCAAAAUCAAGAAAGAUCGUACGGUGGUCACAAAAAUUCUGUCAAAGAAGCAACGCAAACGGUUGGAGAAGAUCGUCGAUCAGAAAAAGAAGAAAGAGAAUCGAACCUCGCUGAUUGCCUCGCUGGUCGCUGUACAAGCGUCUCAGGAAGAAUUGAGCGGCUUUCGCAAGCUGAGCGACGUUCAAACGAAAGGUCUUAAGCAACAUUUUAAGGAACAGAAGUAUGGUGUUACGUUAGUGCCAAAACCUGCCACACGCGCGAUAGCACCUGGAGUGGCCAAGAUAAAAAGUUUGGUCGGUAGUCGACGGAAACGUUUGGCACUAUUGCGCCAAGCAGAUCCAGCAUCGGCAGAAGACGAAGAGAGUAAAUAUGACCCAAACAUUGUUGGUUUAAACGACCCCUCUUCAUCGUCGAGUGAAGAUGAAUCCGAAGUAUCGGAGGAGAGGGAGGAAAAUGCUUUCGAGGAUGAACAGGAUCAAAUUGCUCCCACUGUGGUGGAAGGUGAAAACAAUGAAAACGAACCAACGGAAAAUUCGGCCAUCCCGCUUGCACCGUUAGAGAGCGAAGAAGCAUCUAAAACUUCACCAGCUGUUACACCGACCGAUACAAAAAAGGACGAUACUCCCAUUGUAGUGGACCGUAAACCUGCCACCUACAUUCACGUGGAUCGAAAUGCGAAAAUACAAGCUGAUCGUUUAAAGCUACCAAUUCUCGGCGAGGAACAAAUGAUAAUGGAGACGAUAAGUGAAAACAAAAUAACGAUUCUGGCCGGUGAAACGGGAAGCGGUAAAACGACACAAGUUCCACAGUUCCUGUACGAAGCGGGAUAUGCAGAACGGGGUCUUAUCGGAAUAACUGAACCACGCCGUGUUGCCGCCGUAUCCAUGUCGAAGCGCGUAGCGAUGGAAAUGAAUUUGUCCACCGAUGUAGUCUCGUACCUGAUUCGGUACGAAGGUAACGUGACGGAUCAAACCAAAAUCAAGUUCAUGACGGACGGUGUGCUGCUCAAGGAGAUCGAGGUGGAUUUUCUAAUCAGCAAGUACUCCUGCAUCAUUCUGGACGAAGCGCACGAACGUAGCGUCUACACGGACAUUCUGAUGGGGCUGCUGUCGCGCAUUGUACGGUUGCGCGAAAAACGUGGCAAUAAUCCGCUGCGCGUCAUCAUCAUGUCGGCUACGCUGCGCGUACAAGAUUUCACGGAAAACAAAAAACUGUUCCUCGACACACCGCCCGUAAUUAGUAUCGAUUCGCGUCAGUUUCCGGUGACGGUGCAUUUUAACAAAACCACUCCGGACGAUUAUCUGCGGGAGGCUUUUUUGAAAACGGUAAAAAUUCACACCAAACUUCCGGACGGCGGAAUACUAGUGUUUCUGACCGGCCAGAAGGAGGUGAACACGAUGGUACGCAAGUUGCGCAAGAUGUUUCCAUUUCAUGCUGGGAAAGAAGAGACGGCCAUCGUGAAGAAAGUGGAAAAAAGGGACGCUGAUGAGGACGAAGAAAAAGACGAAGAUGAGGAGUUUAAUAAUUUUUUUCGAGGCAAGAAGGCCCACAAGGAGGCGAAAUCAAAGCCUCAGAAGAAACACAAGCGUGGUGACGUAUCGGUUCCGGUACUGCCACAGAUUAAUCUAGAUGCGUACGAUCUACCUCAUGUGGAUGAUACGGAAGGAGAUUUAGCGGAAGGUAAUGAAACCGACAGUGAGGUGGAUGACGGAACGGACGACGAACUGGAUGAGGAAAAUCUUUCCACGAGUGUUUCCGCCCUACGAAAGAGUCAACCUCUGUGGGUGCUGCCACUCUACUCGAUGCUUUCGCCCGAAAAGCAGCAACGGAUUUUUCAAGCCACACCGGAAGGAGCACGGCUGUGCGUGGUUGCUACGAACGUAGCCGAAACAUCGCUUACCAUUCCGGACAUUAAGUACGUGGUGGAUACAGGCCGGCAGAAGACGAAACUGUACGACAAAACGACCGGUGUGACGGCAUUCGUCGUAACGUACACGAGUAAAGCUUCGGCCAACCAACGAGCCGGUCGUGCAGGUCGUGUUGCCCCUGGUCACUGUUACCGCCUCUACUCCAGUGCCGUCUACAACUACGAGUUUCUAGAUUUCGCACCACCCGAAGUGCAGCAAAAGCCGGUCGAUGGGUUGAUGCUGCAGAUGAAGUGUAUGGGAAUCGAUAAGGUGACAAACUUCCCGUUCCCAUCGCCACCCGAUCCGAUACAGCUGCAGUCCGCCGAACGUCGUUUGCUGCAGCUCGGAGCACUAGAGGAAAUAAUUGUCCGUGCACCGGAAGGAAGCCGCAAGGUGCAAAAGAAUCAAACGCUUACACGCGUGACCGAGCUGGGCCGUACGAUGGUGGCGUUUCCGGUCGCUCCACGGUUUGGGAAAGUUCUUGCCCUUAGCCAUCAGCACGCGCUGCUUCCGUACGCGAUCUGUCUCGUGGCCGCACUGUCCGUCCAGGAAGUGCUGGAGGAGGUGUCCCUGUCCGAAGCGGGUAAUCAUACAGAAAGUGGCAAACGUUGGUGCCACAAGCGGAAAGUGUGGGCCGGCACCGGUGAAUCAUUGCUGCUGGGUGACCCAAUGAUACUGCUGAAAGCGGUCGGAGCGGCAGAACAUGCCAACAGUAAGGGCAUGCUGGAAGAGUUCUGCGAAGAGAAUGGAAUCCGUCUGAAAGCAAUUCGAGAAAUAAGGAAAUUGCGCAUACAGCUCACGAACGAGGUGAAUGCCAACCUGCUCGAUAUGAAUCUGCUAGUCGAUCCGAACAUGCCACCACCGACGGCUACACAAAUACGGCUGCUACGACAGCUGCUUCUCAUUGGUAUGGCGGAUCAGAUCGCGCGCAAGAUACCAGAGAGUGAGAUCAAGCUGAAGACAGAUGCGCGCAGGCUGAAGCACGCGUACAAUCUGCCCAUGAUCGAUGAGCCCGUCUUUCUGCACGCCAGCUCCGUGCUGAGACGGGAACAUCCGGAAUGGGUUUGCUACCAGGAAGCGUACGAAGCGAUCGUACCGACGGGGGAAGAUGCCGGCGAGGAGAGCAACAAAACGAAGAUGUUUCUGCGUGGCAUUACGGCCAUCGAACCAGACUGGUUGCCGAAGUUUGUACCGAACGUGUGUAACGUGAUCGAUGUGCUAGAGGAACCGAUCGCACCAUCGUAUAAUGUGCAAAACGAUACGAUCGAAUGUCACGUAAAGGCAACGAUCGGCAAAACGAGCUGGGUGCUACCGAGUGCCGAGGUGGAGAUGCCCAGAAAUAUGCUUCGCUGCAAAUAUCUUCUAAAGUUUAUUCUAUCCGGCGUCGUCUUCAAGAAGCUCAAACAGUUUCGGAAAUCAUUACUUUCGUCUCCGGAUUCGGUGCUGAAGCAAUAUUCGACAGCAGUUCCACGAAUCGAUGCAGCUCUGAAGUUGAUGCUGGUGAAUGGAAUAUUCAAUGCACAGCGUUUCCGCGACCUUUGGAAAUCGAAUGAAAAGUUUUUUCUAAAUGAAUAUUGUGAAUUUCUGCCGGUUUCAUGUCACGAGAACGUUGGGAAGUUGUGGCCACCUACGGAGAAAAAUUGGCUGUAGUAAAAAACGAACGUACAAAUAAAUUGGGACAAUGUGACAAUAAUCCCAUU